AUGUUCAAGUCAAGCCGAAAUAGUCUCUUUAGACAGUUUCGAUCUGUUCAUACAUUACCAAGAUUGGCAAAUCACGAAAUAUGGUCAAACCAAGGAAUAUCGGGCCUUUUAUCCCCACAAGGCUACUCCACAGCAUGGACUGAUUAUCAAACCUACUUGUUAACUAACUUGACUUUACUCACCAAUGGCACUGCCAAUGAGACGAAAAAACCAUUUGAAAUUUUACUCAACACUGCAAAGCAAACUACACAACAACAUGCAUUCCAUUACGCUGCCAUGUCACACAUGAAUCAUUUCUUUUUUGAACAAUUGACGGAUAAGUCAACCUCGAAAUCGAGCAAACCAUCACGAUUCCUUAUGGAAAAACUAAUACAUCAAGAUAUUUUGGAUGUUGAUGCAUUGAGGACCAAAAUGUUAACGAUGGCAGAGAAUGCCUAUGGACAAGGAUGGAUUUACCUUGUUGAAGAUAAGACUAAGAACUUGCAAUUUCUUCAAUGUAACAAUGAUGGAGUACCUUAUUAUUUCGGUAAGCGUCAACAAUUGGAUUUGAAUGGUGGGAUUGAUGAGCUCAGUUUUAAUAGCUUAGCUAAUUUACAAAAAAGAGCUAGUGGUGAAGAAGUUAUUGAAGAUGAACAAUAUUUGCCUAUAUUGGCUAUUAAUUAUUGGGAUUAUGUGUAUGUCGAAGACUAUGGUGUCACAGGAAAGAAUGAGUAUUUGAAUAAUUUGUGGGAUCAUUUGAAUUGGGAUGUUAUUAAUAAGAGAUUGUUCCAGGUGUAA